AUGCAACAUCUGCAACCGAAUGCAUCCCAGUGUGCUUCACAUCAACUUUCAGGUCAAAGUUCAGCAACAUUCUGCACGGAGAGGCUGGCGCAGAAAUUGAGCCUGGAAGGGAAACCAACAACUGUUUUGCUAAAGACAAUGUCACAAGAACGGCCUGUCAAGAGCACGUUGGUGUCAGGUCUAGAAGUGAGCGAACUCGAAGGCAACAACUUCCUUCCUUUACCUGGAGUCUUCACUCAAAGGUCUAUGCCGGUGACAAAGGACGACAUCCCAACACAGGCGGAUUUAAGGAAAUGGCCUUAUAUCAGUGAAGUCCAAUUACUCCAAAUAGACUCUGGCAUUGAUUUACUCAUUGGCAUGAAUGCAGCAAAUUUGAUGGAACCCUGGCAGGUGAUCAACUCACAAGAAGAUGGGCCCUAUGCUGUAAGAACCCUACUAGGAUGGGUAGUCAAUGGUCCAUUGGGAGGAUGCAGUAAAGGUGUGGACAAGGCCACAGUGACUGCUAAUAGGAUCUCCCUGGUUAACCUGCAAGAACUUCUGGUGAGUCAAUACAACACUGAUUUCAAUGAGAGAGUCUAUGAUGAAAAGAGUGAAAUGUCAGUAGAUGACAAGAAGUUCUUGAACAUUGCCAAUGCAUCUGUUAAAGUGAUAGAGGGUCACUACUGCAUUAACUUACCUUUUAAAGCUGAUAAGGUGACAAUGCCUAACAACCGUGUGAUUGCAGAGCAACGCCUUUUGAAUCUGAAAAGGAAGUUCAAAAGAGAUCUGAAUUAUCAAAGGGAGUACAGAGAGUUCCUCAGUGAUGUCAUUCAUAAGGGCUAUGCUGAAAUGGUUCCCCCAGCACAGGAAAUCAGCAUGCUGCAAGAGGGAGCAUCCUGUGUGAGAAAAGGCAGCAGCAUCUACAGACUGGAUCCGAUGCUGGAUGGUGGCAUUCUCAGAGUGGGUGGGCGUCUGAGGAGAUCAGCAAUGCCAGAGGAAAGGAAACACCCUGCCAUUCUGGCCAAAGACCACCACGUGUCCACUCUGAUCCUGCGCUACAUCCAUGCUCAAACUGGACAUGGAGGAAGGAACCAUAUGCUAUCCCAGCCUACGGGGUAUACACCUUGUUCGAGGUGUUUGGAAACCUGUGACCAGGCAAUGGCCCAGAGUAAAUCUACCUACUCUGAUUCAUCCACGUGUGUUCUAACAGCGGGUUCCAAUGGUCAGCAAGACCCCAUACAGCCUGUGGGUGGUGAUGGCACAGGUUUGAUGGGACAUGUCUACAACAACCACACAGACAUUAAGAACUCAUCAGGGAUUACAAGGGUGGCAAUGGAUGUCAAACACAAGUGUGCAGCCUAUGUGCUGGCUCUACGUCCCUGGAGUUUUAGUGCUUCCCUCACACCAGUAGCUCUGGGCAGUGCCUUGGCUUAUAAACUUGAAGGUCAAGUGGACCUGCUGGUGUUGCUGGUGUGUGCAGUGGCUGUACUAGUCGUGCAUGGCGCUGGCAAUCUGGUGAAUACCUACUAUGACUUCUCCAAGGGCAUUGACCAUAAGAAGAGUGACGAUCGCACACUGGUGGACCAGAUCCUUGAGCCACAGGAUGUGGUGAUGUUCGGAGCGGUCCUGUACUCCGUUGGCUGUCUUUGUGCCACACUGCUCUUCUUCCUCUCCACCCUUAGGCUAGAACACCUGGCACUCAUUUAUUUUGGUGGCCUCUCAAGCUCUUUUCUGUACACAGGAGGAAUUGGUUUCAAAUAUGUGGCCCUGGGUGAUGUGGUUAUCCUCAUCACAUUCGGCCCUCUGGCUGUGAUGUUCGCACAUGCUGUGCAGGUUGGAUAUCUUUCAGUGUUGCCUCUGGUCUACGCCGUGCCACUCGCCCUCAACACAGAGGCUAUCCUGCAUAGCAACAACACCCGAGACAUGGACUCUGACAAGCAGGCAGGCAUUGUCACCUUGGCCAUCCUGGUGGGGCCUACACUAUCUUAUGUGAUUUAUAAUCUAUUGCUUUUUGUCCCUUAUGUACUCUUCUCUAUCCUGGCCACACGCUACACCAUUAGCAUGGCCUUGCCCUUGCUCACGCUGCCCAUGGCCUUCCCCCUGGAGCGCCAGUUCCGCGGCCAGUGUUACUCCAAAAUCCCCCAGAAGACUGCCAAACUCAACCUGCUCAUGGGGCUCUUCUAUGUUUUUGGAAUCAUCCUAGCACCAAAAGGCAGCUUACCGUUAAUGUGAAAAUGUUUUUAGGACUUUUUUUCUUGGCAAUUUGUUUUCAUGUAAAAUUGCUUCUCUGCAUUGUUUUGUAUUUAUGUAAUUGUGUUCCUUAGAGAUAUUCCAAAAGUAAGUUACUGCAUUCAUAUUGAAAAAGUGAUUUAUCAGAAGGAUUUGAAGGUUCGUACAUUCAAGCUUGGUUUUUGUAUGUCUAUGAGGCUGCUGACAGGACAGGUUUUACUUUGUUAUUUUUCACUACCUCUGUUUUCUAAGUGUAAAGUGAACAACAAUCCUUAAAUAAAGAAAGCAGGCCCUUGUGUACUUAAUUUCACACUUUCACUAUUUUUAAAGAAAAGGUCUCAGAUCUGUAAUCCCUUGUCUCCUUCUGAUCUGUAAUGUUAAAGCUAAUUGUUGAUGCCAUGAAGAAUAACAUGUGCCUUUAAAAUUCAUGUGUGUAUGUCUAGAUGCAGGGGCGUGUCUACGAGUAGGCAAGGGUUGAGUAAUGCCCAAACCUGUUGGUUGUCUGCCCACCCAAACAGAAUGGAAGAAAACUGCUUCUAGACCUACAUCCAUGUGUGUCUAAUUGGUUAUUACUAAAUGUUAUGUCUCAUUUUCGGUGGGCUAUUAGAUACACGCAAUUAUAAAAGAACCUGCCUUUGAUUAUUAAACUGCUUUGUAAACAUAA